CUCCUCGUGCACGGUAUCUCGCUGGGUGCGCGCCGCGGCCUCGUCCGCAUAGUUUUUUUUUUUUUUUUCUUCUUCUCAACUCCUUCCUCGUCUUCGCCGUUGAGAACGUCGCGUAGGAAAUUAAUUCGGUAGUACUUGUUACAGCUGAGUUUGCAUGAAACGCGCGUUUCCGUCGUUGAACUAGUUAAAUUCUCGUAACGUUUUCGGUAAAGGAGACUCUGUCUCGAUUUCGGGGGGAAAAAAAAAAAAAUUACCGCGAUAGGACGGAAGAGAAGGAGAAGGAAUUACCCGAGAGAAAAGAAACAACUCGUCUCUUUAAUCUAGUCAAGAUAAUACCAACUACGUUACAUAUGCGUAAUAAAACGGAUAUAUAUAACUAUAUACACAUAUAUACUUGGAAUUAUAUAUUCAUCGGUCGAACUCGGUAAUACCUGUAAACACGUACACAGUGGUAAAAUAUAAGGAAAAAGUGUCGAAAAAUCUUGCCGCGUUUUACAAGAGCGGUAACGCGAACGAUACAAGAACGAAACUGGUGCCAACGAGAUAUAUCGUAACUAUAAAGUGCCGGGAGAGUUUAUUCGUAUGUAUGGUGAAGCUAUACACACACAUAUGUAUACAUGGUCUAACCAAUAUAUGUAUGUAUACAUGUAUUGAAUCGUAUAUUGAUAUAUAUAUAUAUACAUAUAUCGCACGCUGUUUCGACGUCGUCUCUUCGAGUUCUUCAAGUUAAAGACGGCUCCAUUAAUGGGGGUGUCCGGUGAUUGCGCGGUGCGCUCCGCGAGCAGUAGGAGUCAUCCCUGUCACUGCUGCAGUCACGCGGCCAGCGCGAACGCCAGUGCUUCGUCCCAACACCACCACAAUCAUCACCAACACCACCACCACGGACACAACAACAACAACAAUAAUAACAACAACAAUAACAACAACAACAACAACAACAACAACAACCACAACAGCAAAACAACCGACAACCACCAUCAUCAGAACGGUGCCGAUACCGUUGGCGUGUUGGCGCCCUUACGCAGCAAGAUGAAAGUCCUCAAGAAGCUUAAACGAAAGAUGGGUCUAGCUCCCAGGUCGUCCAGUGGCGGUACCAACAACCUUCCACCCCUGACCUUCCACCGAGUUCACGGGGAUAAUAUCAGACUCUGCAACGGUGGAACGAUCGCCAGGAGACACGAGAGUUUCUGCAAGGGUGUCACAUUCAGCGCGAGGCCCGUACGGAUCGGGGAAAAGGUCUGCGUCAAGUUCCUCGAGAUAUCCGACAAUUGGAGCGGCGUCAUCAGGUUCGGUUUCACCGCAAACGAUCCGGUCAACCUGCGAAGCGGACUUCCGAAGUACGCUUGCCCCGAUCUGACGAACAAACCCGGGUACUGGGCGAAAGCUCUGGCCGAACGUUUCGCCGAACGGGACACGGUGCUUUUUUACUACGUUACGUCGGCCGGCGACGUCCACUUCGGGGUGAACGGCGAGGAGAAGGGCGUCUUCUUCAGCAGCGUCGAAACCCGGGGUCCGCUCUGGGCCAUCAUAGACGUCUACGGGAACAGCACCGCCAUCGAAUUCGUCGACCCGAACAGGCAACACUUCAACAAUGUCAAACGCGGGGCCGAUCACAGCAACGAGGAUAAUGCCCAGCACUCGAGACACUCCGCGAUGGACGAUGCCAGCAACGCUGGUCGCGAUGUCGAGAGAAUUAUCGUUCCUACGAUGCAGAGCAUGUCCAUUCACCACGAACCGGAUGUUGACCUACCUGGGCUGAGGUUUCAGCCUUCCGGUGUCGUCUUCAAAUCCCUACCCUUCCACUCAACUCGCGGUCGCAACAUAUGCUUCAGCAAUCAGCAGUGCGUGGCGACCCGCAGCGACACGGAAUUCUGCCACGGCUACGCUUUUACGGGUCGACCGCUCCUCCUGGGCGAACGACUGGUCGUCCAGAUCCUGGCGACGGAACCGAUGUACGUCGGCGCGUUAGCGCUGGGCCUGACUUCCUGCGACCCGUCGAAACUGACGGCCGAGGAUCUCCCGGACGACAGCGACCUCCUCCUCGAUCGUCCCGAGUACUGGGUGGUCUCCAAGGACGUGGCGUCCUGCCCGCAACCCGGCGACGAGAUCGCCUUCACCGUCACCCAUUACGGCGAGGUUCAGAUGAGCAAAAACGGCGGCGCGCCAAGCGUCGUGAUGCACGUCGACCAGAGCUUGCAGCUCUGGGCGUUCGUCGACGUCUACGGGAGCACUCAGCGCGUUAGGAUGCUCGCAAGCCGGCCAACCUCGCCCCCGAGGCAGCAACGCCAAGCCGCCGCACCGGCUGGAACCCAGCACUCCAACCACAGCAACGCGGCCACCGAGCUUUCCCGAUUUUCCGAGAUGGUGCAGUUCAAACCCGCCGUUGGGGGCGGCACAGUUCUCGUGGUGAAUCUGCCGCCCCAGGGCGGCUACCCCGCGCCCUCACCCCCGACUCCGCAGCAGCCGGUGUACGCAUCGGCCGCCUCCUCGCACCGGAAUCCACCCCCGAUUCACCAUCCGCCGCCCCCGCCUCCGGCCGCCGUCGCCGUUUCUCAUCCCGGAUCCUCGCGGCAGUCGCCACCCCUGACGGGGACCAUGAUCAGCACGGGAUCUUCGACCUACGUAGACCCCGUGUCCUACCAGACCCUCGACGGCACCCUGACGUCCCAGGCAUCCUCCCACCUCCAGCAAUGGAGCGAAGGCCUCCAGCCGACCCCCGGACAACCCAGCGAGUGCUCGAUAUGCUACGAACGGAACAUCGAUAGUGUUCUUUACAUUUGCGGACACAUGUGCAUGUGCUAUCCGUGCGCCAUUCAACAGUGGCGGGGAAAGGGCGGCGGGCAUUGCCCUUUGUGCAGGGCGAUCAUCAGGGACGUUAUUCGUAUUUAUAGGUCAUGAACUUGUACCAGGGUUUUUUUUAAUAUUAUCCAAUGUUUUUAGAUUUAUUUAUACAUUUACGCAAGGUCGUGACUCGGUAUGAAUAAACAAAACGGGGCGUUAGUUUCGAGUUAGUGACGAACGUGGUUAGUCAGGUUCUUUCGUUGUUUUUAGGGAAUUUGAUCCAGGGUUCUACUUUGUAUUUUCUCCAUUUUUUUUUCUCGGCAUGUUUUUCGAGGUAGACGCCAUGGUUAGAAGUUUGAAUUUAUUUCCGAUACUCCUUUCUGUUUUUACUUUCUUUCUCUUUCAAACAUUGACGAGAAUGUAACUUUUAACGUCGCGAUAAGCGUGUAUUAUCUUAAUUCUUCGACGAAAAAAAAUCAGACUUAAAUUGAGACUUGUAAAUACGGAUUGAGAAUAAUUGUGAAAAUUUUGGCACGUCCCGUAUUUUCGACGAGUGUAAUAUUUAUGUAAGCACUCUCCGAUAUGCCGCAUGCGAGUGCUACAAAGACGUGGGCGUUUGUUAUGAUUCGUUCGUAGUUGUAUGCAUGUACGUAAUUCGUGAAUUCGAAAAGCUUUUAUAGAGUAAUCGACUAGUUCAUUCGUGUUUUAUACGUGUCGGUAACUUCUGUCAAUUAGACGUCAAUAGAUAAGAGACAAAAAAGGACGAAAGAAGGAAAGAGAGUAGAUGAGAAUGUCGAAAUUUAUGAGAUGGAGUGCUACCGGUUCGUAGACAACACUGCCAUCGCAUAAUGUUAAUGACUAAUCUGGCACAAAAUAUGCGUCCGAAGUAAUAACAUAGGUAUCUAUAAUCAUUCUCGCCUGAUGCCUUCUGUGUAAUUAUAAUAAUUAGCAACGGGCGCCCCGAUUAUAUUCUGUAGAUCAAUUUUGCUACCGCGGAAAAUUUGUAUCAGGGCGCGUGAUUAUAUAUUCUAUGAAUGUGUUUGGUAUGUUUGAAUGUGAAAGAUUGAUUGAUUCUAGUUUAACGAAUUGUGUUUUAUACGAAGUAGCGUGCUAUUAUUAUUACUCCCAUUACUACACUGAUUAUUAUCAUUAUGACUACAAUCGUCGCUAUGCUAAUAUUACUAUUAUCAUUAUCAUUAUUAUUGUCAUUACUAUUAUCGUCAUUAAUAUUCAAUUGAACGUAUAAUUAUUAUCGCGGGCUUUUGAGCCUAGGGGCUUUUCGUUAGAGACGUUAGAUUCGUCCGGUAUUUUCUUAGAUAGUCGAAAAUUGAUGUUGUUUUUUAAGUACACAAAGCAAAAUAGUUAUAAUAUUUGUAUUUUUUCUCUCUUUUCACUCUCUCGCCCAUAAUCACCUAUCAAUUAUACGGUAAUUUUCAAACGCUGACGACUCAUGUUUGCACCGCAGCACCUUUUAUUGCCAAAGACGUUGGCCAGUUUAGCGAAAGUUUGCAAUAUUUUUGCAAACGAAAAAUAACAAAUAGGAAACAAAUAAAAAUAAUUCGAGAAUAGCAGAAACGUGACGGUAUACUGGAGAAUUAUAAAAAUUAAAUUAAAAUGACACGUGCCAAAAACAGAAAUACGCACUAUAGUAUACAAAAAAUUUGAUAAUCUUGAGUCGAAGUGGUUAAAAUAUAUCUCAAUGAGAUUAUAUUAUGAAAAAAUAAUGGAAUUACUUGACAAAAAUUUACAAUAUUGACGAAAAGAGGAAAUCGAUUUUGAAAUUCUAUGGUUUGCUGAAAAAAAAAUCACAAAAAGUUAAUUCUGCCAGAGCCGUACAGUACAGGAUAAUUAAAACAUUAUCUUAGCGUUUAUCAUUCGUAUGAUGCAGCACCUGAUCGAUCCUUGUGAGAUUGAUAAAAUUCGCUUGCCCAAAUUGCGACCGCCACAAUAAUAUUUCUUACAAAGCCAUUUUAUUUUCAUACGCUACAAUAGAACGAAAUAGUAGAGAAAGAAGGGGAGAGAAAAAAGAAAAAAAGACAAAAAAAAUAUACACAUACAUAAAAUACGAUAAAGAAAAUAAAAUAAAAUAAGACAACAAAAAACAAAAAAAAAAACCACUAAUAGUAAUAUGUUCCAGGAUCUAUGCUAGAUCUAAAAUUACAUUUGUCGCAGAAUCAAUAGAAUAUAGAAAGGAUCGAUGAAACUUUAUGAAAAAUAAUUAGAAAAUGAAAAGAGGGAGAAGAAAAAAAAUACGAACAAUUGAUUCAUUAAUAUAAUAUAACAGGUCGUGCCUUAUGCUCGGAUCACUGUCGCAUCGUUGAUUUAUGAUUCGACCGGACUUGAGCGACUUGACUCUAACUCGAUUCCUAUUUAGGCGGACAUAUCUCUUCCUCGUAUUUUUCACCUUCAAUCUAAUAUAUUGAUCCUUGUUCGAUAUAAGGUAUAUCCUCGGGAUUAGGUAUCUAUUAGAAAUUGUGGAGAGAAAAAAGUAAAACAGUAAUUGAAAAAAAAAAAAAUUAAAAAAACAACAAAAACAAAAAAAAAAAAAACGCCAAAUUAACACCACCUGCGGUAUAAUUAUACAUUCAUAGGUAAAUAAUAGGCGCUCGUCAAACGACAAUUUUUACUCUUGAUCUGUACAGCUUUAACCGUAGGGUAUACAACACGUAUACAUAAAUACGAUACAUAUACGGCGUGUGUGUAAAGUACAAGGUGCGUUGCGUAGUAUUCGUUUCAAUGUCGAUGACUAUCGUCUAAUAUUCAUCGUAAAUAAUUUGAAUAAAUUUUGUGCAGCAAAUGAAAUGUUCGCUUCAUUUGAAACGCGCGAAUCGUAUGUGUAACAUAUAAUAGGGAUCGUAUUGUUUGAUGUUGAUCGUUUCGUUGUGGGUGAAGGAAUUUUUAUUUAAAAUUUUUUAUUUUUUUUUUUUCACGAUCAUCAAAACAAGAAAUCACGCUCGAUGAUACUUUUAUUUUCGAAUUAGUCAACAUUCAGAGUAUAAAAGUUAUACUCGCGCCCUCUUUGUUAUUUUCAAAAAGAAUUAAAAACA